AUGCUCAAAGAGUCGAGGCGCCAGCAAGAAGACCUUCCAAACAGAAAGAAAAGGAGGACGCAUCAGACCUCUGAAGGGCCCGUGAAAAAUUCUGUGGGGAACUCUGCGGAGACUCGAGAAGAAGUCAUUGACCUCAUCAGUGACGAGGCUAGUGAUUCUGACGAUUUCGAAGAUGUCAGUCUAAAUGUGGUGGAUCAGGAAGACUCGGAAAAUUCGGAUGACUUUGAAGCCUUUCAUUUCGAUCUUGAUAGUCAGGCCCAGGCCCAGGGCCAGGACCACAACCGGGACCUUGAUCAGGACGCGCUCCGCAAAGAUGGCAAUGACAUCUUGACAAUAGGCAUACAUGCAGAGGAAGCCCCGCUGAAAAAAUCAAGAGUCAAUUUCAUCAGUCGAGAGGAACGGUCAAGGCGAGUCUUGAUUCAUAAAAUGUACAUUGUAUUGAUGGUUGCCCACCUUCUCAUUCGAAAUACUUGGUGCAAUGAUAAAAAGUUGGGGAACGAACUCAAAAGACAGUUUGUGACAUCACAAAUUGCUCAAUUGAUUGACGCAAACAAUGAAAAAAAGACGCCAGCUGUUGGCUCGCGGCAGUUGUUGGACGGGUUGAAGAAGCUUAUGCUAGCGUACAGUGCCAGAUAUAGGAGCACCUCGCAAGGACUUGUCUUGAAAAACUGGCACGAACUUGGUAUAGUUCAAGACUCGGAUGUGGUGACUCGCAAGAAAUUCAGGACAUUGGUUGAGCAUUCCAGAGGCAGUCGGGAUGUUGCCGUCCAGGGGUUUGUAACACUCUUGAGAGCCUUGGGAUUUAACGCGAGGCUAGUGAUGUCCUUGCAGCCACCCGAUUACACGAUUGUAACAAAACAGGGCAGCAGCGAAGGCAUGAAUAAUGCAGGCAACGGUGGCAGCGGCGGCGGCAGCGGCGGCGGCGUCGAUAAACAACGCAACGCGAUUAUUGAAGAGUCUCCGUUUCCUGUGUUUUGGACAGAGAUAUUUGACAAGUACAAAAAUACCUGGAUAAGCAUCGACCCUAUAGCUCUAAAAAUAGUGCACGUUUGUCCGAAAAGGAGGAAAUCAGCAUUCGAGCCCCCCAUGGCAGAUGCACGGAACCAGCUACUAUACGUUGUUGCAGUUGACAAAUACGGAAGAAAACUCAGAGAUGUGACUCGACGGUACAGUUUCAACUACAACGCACGAACGAUCAGAAAAAGGAUUGAGUUUAGGUCAGAUGAAGACAAGGACUGGUACAAUAGGCUUCUCCACGCAUCGGCUUCUACUCAUAAUAAGGAAAAAAAAAACAAAGCACACAUUUCCGACAUUUACGAGUUGAAAGAAUUCCACGAACGUGAUUUGGCCGAGGGAAUGCCGCAGAAUAUGCAAGCGUUCAAAAAUCACCCCUUGUAUGCUUUGGAGACCCAGUUGAAGCAAAAUGAGGUGAUUUACCCGAAAGACAAGUCCAGCACGUGCGGCACUUUUCGACCCAAGAACAGCAGUUCAGGCGUCUUGUUUGACGUCUAUAAAAGAUCGAGCGUAAAGACACUAAGAUCUGCGCGGGCUUGGUACAUGAGAGGCAGAGUCUUGAAAGUUGGUGCUGUGCCUCUCAAAUCCAAGGCUGCACGCACAGAGGAUGAAGAAGAUAUCAACCUUUAUGCAGAGCAUCAGACACGACUAUACACGCCGCCCGCCGUCGAAAACGGUGUUAUACCAAAGAAUCUGUACGGCAACAUUGACGUGUACACCGAGUCAAUGAUCCCAGACGCGUGCUGUUUGGUUGAACUGACGCAUUCCGUGCCCAUGCCGAUGCUCAUAAGAGUAGCAAGAUUGUUGGAUGUUGAUUACGCCAAAGCCAUUGUAUCGUUUGAUUUCACGCAAAAGGGGAAGGGGCCCCCAAAAGCGAGAGAAGGAGGAGUGGUGAUAUUAAAGGCACACGAGCAAGCUUUUCUUCUCAGUUUGGCUCAUAUGAUUGAAGAAGAAUCGGAGGAGAAUCGGAAACGAGUUGAGUUGAUUGCUCUUCAAAAUUGGAAGUUUUUCCUUUUAAAGCUCCGUGUUCAGGACCGACUCAAUAGGUCCCAUGGACGAUUGCAUGAGGAGACAAAAGUGCACGAGGAGGCAAUCCAACUGGAUGAUGAAAAUCUAGAGAGUGACCUAGAAGGCGGGUUCGUGACAGGGGGAGAUCAAGAACUGCAUCUGGAGGGAAGUGACAUUGCUGCGAUUUAUACUAGCUCUCGCAAUCGGAAAAAUGAUGACAAUAGUCUGGGGGACGAAAAGGAAGAGGAAGAAAAAGAAGAGGAGUCGGAUUUCGACGGAGGAUUCAUUGUAUCCGAUAACGACGAAUCCCCUUUACCAGCCACUACUCAUGAGCCAAGCAAGGUGGUUGAUGAAAGCUUACCCGCUUCUACUAGGAAAACAAGAGCCAAGGUGGUACACUAUGCACAAGAUUCAUCAGACGAGGAUUCUGAGAGCGAGAAUGGAGCUUGCCCGAGACGUCCAGAGUCACCAGUUGAUGUCCCAUCACCAUCAUCAUCAUCGUCGUCAUUAUCCGAGGCGGAUUUUGAAGAUGAUGCUGAUGACCAUUCACUGGAUAACUUGGAAUUUGAAUACGAGACCGAGUGA